AACUAGGUCAUUUGCUGCAGAUGCGAUUUGUUAUCGCUCUCCAGGAAAAUGUCAGGAGGCUCAGAAUUAGGAUUCACUGAACAUUUAUUUAAAGUUUUGGUGAUUGGAGACCAUAAAGUUGGGAAAACCAGUUUUAUUAAGCGAUUUGUGAAAAAUCAAUUCUAUGAGGAGUUAAAAACGACCAUAGGUGUGGAUUUUUCAAUGAAGGUGAUAGAUUGGGACAGUCACACACGGGUGAGAUUACAGCUGUGGGAUAUAGCAGGUCAAGAGCGAGUAAGAGGGCUGAACCGCGUGUACUUCAAGGGAUCCAGUGGUGCGUUUGUUGUAUAUGAUAUGACAAACGAGUCAACAUUGGAUGGAGCUCUAAACUGGAAACAUGAACUCGAUGGUCAAGAAAUACUGAAAGAUGGCCAUCCAAUCCCUGUUGUUCUACUGGCCAAUAAAUGUGAUGAGACUAAAAUGCACCAGAGGAAUGCCUCUCUUCUGGAGACACUCUGCCAGGAGAAGGGCUUUGUUGGAUGGUUUCAGACAUCAGCGAAGGAGAACAUCAAUGUGGACAAAGCUGCUAAAUUACUUGUAAAGCACAUUCUCCAAAAUACUGAUGAGCCAGUGAAAGAAGAAGAGCAGAACAUUCAGAUCAACCUGCAAAAGCCGUCGAAGACCAAAUCUACCUGCUGCUGAUUCACAAUCCCAGUAUUCCCAAAGUGUAUAUAACUGUGCACAAGUCAUAUGUUAUUUUAUUCUAUACAGCAUAUCAUUUUGCAGUUUGAAUUUUUUAUAUAUUUUAUUUUAUUGUCAAUGAUUAAUACUCAUCUAAACAUUUUGGGGGCCAUGAACAAGUACCAUGUUGAAUGCAUUUCAUGCUGAGUAUCUAAUAAAUACCUCUGUGGCGAUGUGUCUCAUUUCCCCUGCUAAUCUGCUACAUGCUCACGGGUUAUUAAAUACAUCAGCAUGGAAGGAGACUAACUGAGAUCCGCCGUACACACUUCAGCCUAGAACAUUUAAGAAGUGAACAGAAAUGCUGUCACAAUGCCAAAUUCAUUAUGUUUCUCUCUGCAGAAAGCAGCGUGCACAGGGACGUGGCCUAUAUUCUCAUAUAUAGCCGUCAAAAGUUUGUUUUCUUUGGAAAAUGGCAGUAGAGAAUGUUUAAAAAGAAAAAUAAAUCUAAUGAAGUUACACUGAUGAAAAAUAAAUGUAGCUUCAGGAUAAUAUUCCAUAUUCCAUCAGGGCUUCUGUGUUACAAAAUUAACUUCCCAUAAAAGCAUAAAUGUGUAAUACUGUGUCUCAGAGCAAGUUAAUAUAUCUCUUUACAUUAUUUCACACAAACUGCCAGAAUUUCCAUUUCAGUGGAUAAUUUAUGCAAACUUUAGUACCUGAGAGAAGCUGAAAAUGUGCACUAAUCGAGCCCAAUGGCCUGCUCUGUUUUAUGAAGUUUAUGAAAUGAUCAAUUAUUUAAAAUAGUAAAAGUGAAAUGUGCCUCAUACAGCGAAUAUCCAGGUCAUGGGAGCGAUCAAACACAUCAGCAUGAUGCACAGCUUCCAUACACAAUGGUUCAUGUCACAGAAAUAGGAAGCCGUUCCCUGCGUGACCCAAUUUUGCCGUGGAUUUUUGAGUGAAUGCUAAGAACUCCAGCGUUCUGAUGCUUCCCCCAGAGAUCUGGACUAUAUUGAGCAAACAAUACUGCAUUCAACCCUCCGUAGCAGCCUCAACCCACUGUAGGCAUCCACUGCCAGCAUAUUCAGGAUUCUGUGCAUGGAAAAGCAAGUUUGAGCGGUUUUUGUAUUUGUACGCGGCCAUGUGUCUUGUCGCACAGGUUUGAUGGUGCGCCAUGCAACGCGUUCCCCCAGAGGCACGGGAAAUGUUCCCGUCUCGGGCCGUAAGCACUUCCCAUC